CUCAUGUGCUUGGCGGAUCUUGAGUUUGAUUAUAUAAAUUCCUACGACACUACAUAUCGGAUAAACAUUGUGGUGUUACCCGAGUACAUGUUGCAAGCAGCUCUAUGCAUCCUUUUCCUUGUUACAGGGCAUUGGACAAUGGCACUUUUCGGUAUACCUUACCUGUACUACAAUGUCCGAUUGUAUCUGCAGAGAAAGCACCUUAUGGACGUAACCGAUAUCUUCAACAUGCUCAGUUGGGAAAAGAAUCAACGCAUUUUCAAGCUUGGUUACAUCAUAUUUCUUCUUUUAAUGAACUUGUUUUGGAUGAUGUACAAUGCACUUGAUGACGAUGAAUAA